AUGUGGUUCUUACACAUAGUCAGCGACGCUACCCGACGGUUCUGGUUCUUCAUCUUCGAUCGUUUUAUACUCUACCCGUUGAUGAAUCAGCUCUCGCAAACUUUCGGCACCAAAUUCAUGAAUCUUGGUUACUGGCCAACAAAGGAAUCUUAUACAAACAUCUUCACAAAUUCAGAUUUGGAUCGCCCACAUUAUUUCCUGUACGAACGAGCGCUCAAACUGCACAGCCACUACCCCGAUCUAGAAGGACUGCGAAUAGUGGACGUGGGAUGCGGUCAGGGACCAUUACAAAUUUUAGAAUGUGCGGUACCAAAUCCCGACAUAAUUCCCGGUGAUGCGCAUCAUCUACCACACAGAAUAAGAAACACCAUUUCUUUAGCAACAGUAAAGUUACUAAAUGUCGAGUCAUCUCAUCUCUACGCUGACAGCGAGCAAUUUUUUCGCGAGUGCUCAAGAGUACUCCGGAAGGAUGGAUACCUUUGCUGGACCGACUUACUCUAUAGAUCUCAGGUCGCUGAAAUUCGUGAACAGGCCCUUCGUGCAGGACUCUUCGAGGAACACUGGGAGGACAUUACAGACAAUAUUUUGGAAGGAAUAGAACGGACAGCCGCACGUUACGAUAGCCUCCUUAUGAAGGCGCCACCGUUAGUCCGAUUGUUCUCUGCCUCGUUGAGAGCCACAUACUGCGCACCGGGUACUCACACAUAUGCACGGAUUUCAAGGGGAGAAAAAGGAUACUAUGCGGCACUAUGGAGAAAUAACGCAUGA